AUGAAUGAUACAAAUGACAUCGCUGCUCUGGACCAGUUUACCUUGGCAGAAAUUGUAUUCUACCUGAGUAAUGGGGCCAUCGGUUCCUUAUUCAACUGUAUCGUGUUGUGGAUCGCUCUCGUCCAUAUCGAUACAGACGAUAAACCACGACAGAUCAUCGUCAUUAACAUGACAUUUGCCGAUCUCCUCAUGUGUUUGUGCUACAUGCUGACGAGGCCAUAUUUGAAUUUCUUCCCGAACUUUAUUUGUCAUCCCUACUACAUCACGAUAUGGACAAUUCAGCUUGUCAGCUGCCUCAAUUUAGUCUGGCUCAAUGUUGACAAACUUAUAUUUAUACAAUUUCCUCUUCAUUACUACUCAAUAGUCAAUAGGCGGAAAGUUUUCAUCGUGUCAGCAGUAACAUGGAUUAUUCUUGGUUACAUUGCUUUCAAUUUCGUUAGUUCAUUUCAGGGAGGAUGCGAACGUGUGUUGAUUAAUCCGUACAUAUACAUGCCUAUUUGCAUACUGUACGUUCUCAUGAUUUUAACGUCGUUUAUUAUUUCGGCUAUCAUCUACUUCAUAGCGCGUGCAUCAACAAAGUCUGAAGCACGACAAAGAACGAAACUAUUUCAUCGACUGUUUUUCCUAUUCUCCAGUACCUUAUGGACAUUCUUCACAUGCCUUCCUUAUCGAAUUUUAUACUUGUUGAAUAUGAUAUGUAAUCUGUUCUGUAAAAAGUCACUCUCUGGAAUCCCAGUGGAAACAUUCUAG